ACUGUUGACUGUUCUGAACAGGUUGGUCGAAGUAUACGUGUCAGAUGAUUAUUGUUUUAUUAUUGUUUUGAUUGAGAAGAACAUAAUAAAUGCUAAUUUUUGAGACUUAAACAGGUGCUUUGCAUAAAAACGAAGCCUUCUUUAGGCGUCUCUUGCAAUAUCACGCUGAACUAGCAAAAACAAAGCUGGUUUAUCGCGAGUGUAUCCUUGUUGCAAACAUGUCGUCUGCAUUUCUUGUUGUCAUUGCUUUCUCUUUGGGGACAAGCUGUUGUCUUGCUCAGCAAGGUCAACCGAUGCGAUUUGAAACUCCUAAAAUGAACGAAGAGGAAGAGCACUCGAUGCAUAUCCCUGGUUCCUUCGAAAUGCGGUGUGACGCUUGUACAGCUGUUGCUUAUCAACUCACGGCAAAACUCAAGCGUGCGGAGGAUAAACGUCCGUCGUUGAAGAAGAAGGGUUUAUCAGAGUCAGAAUAUCUUGACAUAAUUGAAGAUGUCUGUGACAAUGCCUGGGACAAUUAUGGCAUAAAAACUGUAGAUGGAGUUAACCGUUUAAGUGGCGAAGGUUUAGAAGCGAAGGAUGUCCCUGGAAUGAUGCAAGGCGGAGGAAAGUGGCCAAAUAGACUUAGAGAAAAAUGUUCAACUGUUGCUGGAGAUGUCGGCGAAGAUGAGAUAUACAAAGAGUUUCGCAGAAGAGGGGAACUAACAACUUUUCUUUGCCAAGAAUUUUCAACAGACUGUGUCAGGGAAUCUCACAAUGAACUAUAGUUGUUUCAAAAUUGUUAACAAAUAUUUUUAAAUUUGCUUCUUUUAAAGUCUUAAGAUGAGAUAGGCUUUGCUUUAACCUGCUGUUUUUUGCUUGAAGAUCAUUUGAUGGUACAUUUCAUUA